CCAAAGCAAAUAAUGCAUUCAUUUCCUCUUUCCUGUCUAUCCCUCACUUCAGAGUCUUUCGUCUCCAAUUUCUUCUCAAACUCUUCCCCCACUAGCCUUAAGGUGGCCUACCCAAACCAUGUCCACAAUCUCUGCAAAUGGCGUCCAUGUUCUAGUCUUCCCCUACCCAGCUCAAGGUCAUAUCCUCUCAAUGCUAGAUUUCACCCAUCAACUGGCCCUCCGUGGAUUGACCAUUACCAUUUUGGUUACACCCAAAAACCUCCCAAUCUUGAACCCACUUCUCUCAACUCAUCCUUCAAUCCAAACGCUAGUCUUUCCAUUCCCACCCCACCCCUCAAUCCCGUCUGGGGUAGAAAAUGUCAGGGACAUAGGAAAUCAUGGGAAUAUACCAAUAAUCAGUGCACUUUCCAAACUCCAUGACCAAAUCAUCCAGUGGUUUAAGUCCCACCCCAGCCCUCCUGUGGUCCUCAUCUCUGAUUUCUUCCUUGGCUGGACUGAAAAUUUAGCCCAUCAAAUUGGGAUUCCUAGAAUUGUUUUUUACCCAUGUGGGGCAUUUUCUAUGGCGGUUGUGCGACAUCUGUGGCUUAAUUUUGAGUCUAUUACUAGUUCUGUGGGUGUGGUAAAUUUUUCGGAUUUACCCAGGUCUCCUAGUUUUGUCUGGCACCAUCUUCCUUCGGUUUUCCGACGAUGUAGGGAUAAUUCCUCGGAUCAGGAUUCUUUGGUUGUAAGGUGGUCUAUUGCUGCAAAUAGUAAGAGUUGGGGAGCUGUUUUUAAUACUUUUGAUGCGUUAGAGGGUGAAUAUUUGGAAUGGUGGAAGAAGAAAAUGGGCCAUGGGCGCGUUUUUGCAAUUGGGCCGCUGAAUUUGAUUGGUGUCCCUGAGAAGGUGGGCCGGGGAGAUGUGUAUCUGCAGUCGGCUGAUGGGCGUAGUAGCAGCUUGCAAUGGCUUGAUGGUUGGCCUGAUGGGUCAGUUCUUUAUGUUUGUUUUGGGAGCCAGAAGUUUCUCAAGAAGGCCCAGAUGGAGGCUUUGGCAAUUGGGCUUGAAGGCAGCGGAGUGCGUUUCAUUUGGGUUGUUAAGCAGUUAACAGCUCAACAAGUAGACGAGGGAUAUGGCUCGGUUCCUGAUGGCUUCGAGGAUCGGGUCUCCGGGAGAGGGCUAGUUGUGAAAGGUUGGGCUCCACAGGUAGCUAUAUUGAAUCAUCGAGCCGUAGGUGGGUUCUUGUGUCAUUGUGGUGGGAACGCGAUGUUGGAAGCAAUAGAGGCCGGAGUAAUGAUAUUGGGCUGGCCUAUGGAAGCUGACCAGUAUAUGAACGAAAGAUUGUUAGUUGACUACAUUGGAGCUGGGGUUCGAGUUUGCGAGGGUCCUGAGACAGUACCCGAUCCAACUGCUUUAGCUAAAACGAUUGGCGAGUCCAUGAGGGGGGACACAAUUCGGAUGGAAAUGGCAAAGCAGUUGAGAAAUAAGGCCUUCGAAGCUGUUAAUGUUGGUGGGACUUCUACGAAAGAUAUUGAUGGGCUCUUGAGGGAACUGGCCCAAUUGAAGUGAGGGGAUGAAGAAUGGAAUGGCGAGGUACACUGUUUAAUCAAUUUGCUUCCAAGUUCCCACUAAGAUCCAGUGCCAAUCAGCCACUCUUUUCUUAUGGUGUUGCUGCGAGUUGUAUCUUAAAAUCGUUUUUAAAAUUUCAGACGAUCUAAUAUGUACUUGUAAUGAAAGUUAAUUUGAUUGUAUGAAAAAUCUUUCAAGUUGACAACA